UUGAAACACCUCAAUGGCCCCUGAACACUGCAACGGCUUUAUUUUGAAAUCCGGAAGUAUCAGUGAGCGACUGCAGCUUACUCCGCGUCUCUUUGCUGCCGCUGAUUAAACGCUUUUGUGCAAAGACUUUGUCCUGCAUCACUUCCUCCCUCCCAGCACUGUGCAGUAGGCGGGGAGGUGUGAGGAGCGCGCGGCUCUUCACUCCUUCAUGCUGCUCAGGAGCCAUGGCGGAGCACCGUGAGCAGCACGCAGCGGCUUCCUGCCCUGCAGCACACGACACACUGCUGACACUCUCGAAAGUUUGACAACACAUCUGCUGCUGGAGCUUGUCACACAUGACCGCUUUAACUUUUCUCUCAGUGGCAUGUACCUGACCUCCGUGGGAUCAUAGCGACGCACAAAGUGCUUUUUCUUCUUACAGGACGUCCGUGCAGAGCGACUCUUUCAUAUUUUCAAUCCGUGUCAGAGGAGGUGAACAUGGGGGCGAAGCAGAGCAGCCCGGCGGCUAAUCCAGCUGCUAACGGACGGACCAGAGCGUACUCCGGCUCGGAUCUGCCCUCCAGCACCUCCAGCAGUAACGGGAGUAACGGGAGCAGGACAGCCGCCGGAGGGGUGAGGUACCACGCUUACAGUGCGUCUGGAGCCUCCGGAGCCACGUCCAGCACCAGCCAGCACAUCGGAGCCAGGGCCAGGUCUGCGGGGGGCUCAGGAGGCUCAGGGAUCAGACCACAGUCCGGCAUCAACAUACCGAACAGCAGCGGAGCCUACAGCUCCCAGGAGUCCGGAGGCAGCAGUCCGGAGGAGGCGGCGGACAGAGAUAGGAGGCUGCUGAUAGGUUCAUUACCAGCACACCUCUCACCUCAUCUAUUCGGAGGCUUCAAGUGCCCUGUGUGCUCCAAGUUUGUGUCCUCAGAUGAGAUGGAUCUGCACCUGGUCUUGUGUUUAACCAAACCCAGAGUGACAUAUAAUGAGGACGUCCUCACCAAGGAUGCGGGAGAAUGUGCAAUCUGCCUGGAGGAGCUGGUACAGGGGGACACCAUCGCUCGCCUGCCCUGCCUCUGCAUCUAUCAUAAAGGCUGCAUCGACGAGUGGUUUGAAGUAAACAGAUCAUGUCCAGAGCAUCCAUCUGAUUAAAGCUUUUUUUGCACAGGUACCCCUCGAUGAGAGCGAUCUCCUUCAUUCGCAACCAAAUGAAGUGCGGAUCCAGGGAAGACUGCUGGACGCCGUGACCACUGUGAUCAGUUUAAACCCCCCCCCCCCCCCC